UCGCGGCCGAGCGGGGAGCUUUUGGCGUCGGUGCGUACGCGCGAACAUGGCGGAUCGGCUCACGCAGCUGCAGGACGCGGUGAACUCGCUUGCAGAUCAGUUUUGUAACGCCAUUGGAGUGUUGCAACAGUGUGGUCCUCCUGCAUCUUUUAGUAACAUUCAAACAGCAAUCAACAAAGACCAGCCUGCCAAUCCUACAGAAGAGUAUGCCCAGCUUUUUGCUGCGCUGAUCGCACGAACCGCGAAAGACAUUGAUGUUCUCAUAGACUCCUUACCUAGUGAAGAGUCUACAGCUGCCCUACAGGCUGCCAGCUUACACAAGCUAGAAGAAGAAAAUCAUGAAGCCGCCACAUGUCUGGAGGACGUUGUUUACCGGGGAGACAUGCUUCUGGAAAAGAUCCAAAGUGCACUUGCUGACAUCGCACAGUCACAGCUGAAGACCAGAAGUGUCACCCAUAGCCAGUCUCUUCCAGACUCGUAGCGUCAACAGAAACAGGUGACAGAAAGAACUGUUUGAAGGGCACUAAGAGUGCGCAUCAGAUAUGGCUGUCAGCCCUCCACAGCUACGAACGAACAUCAUAGGCUAUGACUGUGUUUCCUUUUUAACUAGUUUUCACUCUUGAUAUUAAGAAGCUUUAAAAUUGCAAUUGCAAUCGAGUCAUCUUCAAACAUCAUUAUGUCAUUUUUUUAUCUAUCUGACUAGAAUUUUCAAGGUAGAUACUGUACUAAUGCUCGUGAUAUAAUUAAACAGCUAUACAAUAAAGCUCUUUGAUGUUUUGUA